UUAUUUUCUUUCCCAUGACAAACUGGGAAGUAACUGAUACUUUUUCUACACCUACCAAGAGCUAACGUUUACAAUCCUUGGCUUUAGUCUUUUCAGCAGACUGGGAAGAACUCAACUCGGUGAUGGCCUCCAGUGGUCCUGUUCUACCCGAGGAUCAGCUGCUGUGCUCCGUCUGCUGCGAGAUCUUCAGCGACCCCGUCACACUGCCCUGCGGACACAACUUCUGCCACUCCUGCCUCCUGGGCCAGUGGAACACCACCUCCUCCUCCUCUCCCACCUCCUCCUCCUCUCCCACCUCCUCCUCCUCCUCUCCCACCUCCUCUCCGUCCUCCUCCUCCUCCUCCUCGUGUCCUCAGUGCCAUCGUGACUUCCCCUCGCGCCCCGAGCUCGGCGUCAACGCCGCCUUCCGUGAGAUUUGCGAGCGCUUCAAGGCGACGAGUCUCGCACAAAGUCCUGCUGAGCAACAGCUCUGUCAGCAGACAGCCGCCAUCACCAACCAUGCCUCCAGUGAUGUUGCCAUCCCAGCCUCCGAUGAUGAGAUCCCCUGUGACGUGUGCACCGGCCCCUGCAGACUGCCGGCCUCCAAGGCCUGCCUGGAGUGCCUGACGUGCUACUGCACGGCCCACCUGGAGCCUCACCUGCGGGUGGCGGGCCUGAGGCGCCACCGGCUGAUGGAUCCCGUGGGCAACCUGGAGCAGAGGGCCUGCACCCGCCACGGCCGCCCACUGGAGCUCUACUGCCGCUGGGACCAGAUGUGCAUCUGCCGCUUCUGCGCCGAGACGGAUCACCUGGACCACGUGAUGGUCACACUGGAUGUGGAGUGUGUGGAGAAGAAGACUUCGCUGCGUGUGAUGGAAAACUCCAUUAACCAGAUGAUCCAGGAGAGGCUGAAGAAGGCUCAGGAGGUCAAGCGCUCACUGGACCUCAGCAAGGAGAACACUCACAGGGAGCGCGAGGAGAGCGAGCAGGUGCUGCGGGCGCUGCAGCGGUGCGUGGAGGGGGGCCAGGCCUCCCUGGCGGAGGAGAUGGAGGACAGGCAGGCGGCCGCGGAGCAGCGGGGACAGCGCCUCCUGCAGGAGCUGGAGCAGGAGAGCCAGGAGCUCCAGGAGAGGAAGGAGGAGCUGGCCAAACUGCAGAGGACCGACGACCACAUUGAUCUACUGCACAGCUACACCCAGGCAGUGUCGUGGCCCCAGGUGAGGGCCUGGUCGGACACCAAGGUCUACACUGACCAGUGUGUGGGCAUCUCCAGGAAGGUUCUGAGCAAGGUGGAGGACAUGCUGAAGGUGGAGAUGAAGAAGGUGGAGGAGAAUGAACUCAAAAGGAUCCAGGCAUAUGCAGUGGAGUUGACCUUUGACCCCGACACAGCGCACCCCAAUAUCCAGCUGACGGCGGACGGCAAGCAGGCAGGUCGCGCCACUGCUGAGCCUGCCUACGAGCCCCCCGACAUCCCGGCGCGCUUCGACCCGGUGCUGUGCGUCAUCUCCAAACAGGCAUUCUCCUCCGGUCGCUUUUACUACGAGGUGCGGGUCGGCACCAAGACCUUCUGGGACCUGGGAGUGGUGCGGGCCUCAGUCAACCGCAAGGGCAUGAUCACGUCCAAGCCCGAGAACGGCUUCUGGACGGUGCGGCUGCGCAGCGGGGACGAGUACCGCGCACUGGGGGCUCCCUCGGUGGAGCUGGACCUGAGGGACCGCCCUCAAAAGGUGGGGAUCUACGUCGACUACCAGGGUGGGAGGGUGUCCUUUUACGACGCAGAGGCCGGGCGACACUUGUACUCGUUUACGGGACACGCCUUCACAGAGCCGCUCUACCCGUUCUUCUCACCGGGCGUUGCUGAUGAGGGCAAGAACCUCGCCCCAUUGGUGAUAGAGCCUGUCAAUCAGCCCAGUGGGUUGUGACGAUACAAUGCUAUAGGACCAGACAGGUAGAGAUACAGAUAGUUGAUUAAGAAGGAGCCUUCCUCUAUUGGUGUUCACAUUAGUCAGGUGAAAACGUCUACGGAGGAUAUUUACAACAUAAAAUGAAAUAAAACUGAAGAAAAUCCAAGGCACUCUCCUUUUGAAAAAGUUAAAAAGCCUUUAUUGUGAUGGCUUUGUCAUGUUAGACAUUUUAAGCCUUGGAUUUUCUUCAGUUUUUUUCCCUAUCCAAAGAGCACCUCAACCAAACUUUUUCAGAGUCCAGGAAGCGCUCCUAAACUAACUUUUUUGAUAAAAUGAAAUAACAUUAAUGUAAACAUUGUUAUAAUAAUGCAAAUAUUUUUGGUUGAUUUUGUUUUGGUUUUGUUCGAUAUGUGACCACGAUGAUAAUGUGUGGAUAUUGUGAUACAUGCUGCUUCUUCACCAAUUUACUGACAUUUGUUGCCAUACGUAUGUUUUUGGGAGCUGAUCAUUCACAAAGUCACAAAAGGUGUGACAAAUAAAUUACAAAUCACUGUGUUGAUAAUGAUUUAGCCUGAUUGCCAUCAACUUUCAAAGAUAGGCCGUGGCCAGGCUAAUAAUGGUUCACAGCACUAUUUCUAUAUACCAUAUCUGUUUACAGUGGGUUAAUUUUGGACUGGUAAGGUGUGGCGAUCAUGAGAUGGCACUAUUUACAAUAUCAGUUAUCAUCUGUGCUGUCAACGGAUGUCCCCUUUUUUCCAUCCGUUGUGUUUAUUCUGUGUAAUUGUUUUCUUAUUCUUGGGCCAUGCCAGAAAAAAGAAAUGCUCACACAUUAGUAUCACAUUGUAUCCAAUAUCUGCUUGUUCUGCUAUCUGUUCAAAUGUAAAUGUCAAAACUGUAUUUUACUAUUUUUUAAACCUUGGCUUGGACUUUCUUUGAUAUUUAAUGAAUGUCAUGUAUUGCAGUAAGAAAGAAACACUGACCAGAAUGCUUCAAUAAAU